CGCCUGCCCGGUGCCCCGGGGGACCCCGAGGAGAGGGGAGCGAGGGCUCCGGAGAGGGGGCCUCAGAAGACCCGCCUCGGCUCCCGGUGCAGCGGCUCGGCGGACGCAGGGAGGACCCCAGGCCCCGAUGGCGUGCGAACCGGGUCUCCGUGCCCCGCCCGCGCCCUGGGAGCCGCGUUGAAGCGCCUGCACCGUCCGCGCUUUGCCUCCUGUUGCCUGGACUGUGCCAGUGAAAACCCAGAGGACGGUUGGCAGCUGAGCUAGAGAUGAUGGGGUCCCAGGAAGCAGUGUCCUUCGAGGAUGUCGCUGUAGAAUUCACCCAGGAAGAGUGGGCCCUGCUGGACACAUCCCAGAGAAAACUAUUCGCUGAUGUAAUGCUGGAGAGCAUCAGGCAUCUGGUCUCGAUUGGCGGUCAGCUCUACAAAUCAGAUGUGAUUUCCCAUUUGAAGGAGGGAGAGCAACUUUCAAGAGAAGAGAUGGGUGUUGUGCAAGGCCAGAGUCCAGUCAUUUCAGAUAGGAGAGAUGAUUUUAAAAAACAAGAAAUGAUAUCCACUCAACAUUUCUACAAGAAGGACACAUCCCUAAUCAGUGCAGUGAGAUUUUACAAUCAAGAAGAUCCGUUUGAAUGUAAUGAUUUGGGAGACAAUUUUACUGAAAUCUUAACAUUGACUCAGUGUGUGAUACCUCACAUGGGAAAGAAACCCCAUAUUAUACAAGAAUUUAAAAAACUGAUCAGUUACUUUAAUCAACAUAAACUGAUUGACACUAGAAGUAAAGUGUAUAAAUGUCAGCGUGGGAGAGCUCUGAUUCACCGCUUUGCUGUUAGACAACACAGUAAGAUUCAAGAUGGGGAGAAAACAUUUGAAUGCCACGUAUGUGGAAAAGCCUUCAGUAACAGUUCUAACCGUAGACGACAUGAGAUGAUUCAUACUGGAGUGAAACCACAUGAAUGUCAUCUGUGUGGGAAGGCCUUCACCCAUUGUUCUGACCUUAGAAAACAUGAAAGAAUUCACUUUGGAGAGAAACCAUAUGGAUGUAAUCUAUGUGGGAAAACCUUCAGUAAAAGUUAUAACCUUAGGCGACAUGAGAUGAUUCAUGCUCGAAAGAAACCACAUGGAUGUCAUCUGUGUGGGAAGGCCUUCACUCAUUGUUCUGACCUUAUAAAACAUGAAAGAACUCACUUUGGAGAGAAACCAUAUGGAUGUAAUCUAUGUGGGAAGACAUUUAGUAAAAAUUCUUACCUUAGACAACAUGAGAGAACUCACAAUCAAGAGAAACCACAUGAAUGUCUUCUAUGUGGGAAGGCCUUCACUCAUUGUUCUCACCUUAGAAAACAUGAAAGAACUCACACUGGAGAGAAACCAUAUGGGUGUCAUCAAUGUGGAAAAGCUUUCACUGAUUCUUCUGUCCUCAGACGACAUGAGAGAACUCAUACGGGAGAGAAGCCAUAUGAAUGUCACUUAUGUUGGAAAGCCUUCACCGAUUCUUCUGUUCUUAGACGACAUAAGAGAACUCACACUGGAGAGAGACCAUACGAAUGCCACCUAUGUGGAAAAGCCUUCAAUCACUCUUCUGUCCUCAGACGACAUGAGAGAACUCACACUGGAGAGAAACCAUAUGAAUGCAAUAUAUGCGGUAAAGCCUUCAACAGAAGCUAUAACUUUGGACUACAUAAGAGAAUUCAUACUGGAGAGAAACCGUACAAAUGUUAUCUAUGUGGAAAAGCCUUCAGUAAAUACUUUAACCUUAGGCAACAUGGGAAAACUCACGCUGUAAAGGUUAUAAAUGUGGAAGAUUCACCACCCAUCCUUUCAAACUCUAAGCACUCAUGACGACUCACACAUUGAAAAAAGCACUGUAAUCAAUGUGGAAGAGCCUUUAUUCAUUCUUAUUUCAUUCAAUUGAAGUUAAUUCUAAGUGGGGAGAAUCUAUAUGUAUGGCAUUUACUUGACAAACUAGACAAUGGGCUUACCUGGAGAAUUCAGACUGUAAAAGAAUGAAUGUAUAAGGAUUUUUAUACACAGUUCUGUUAAAGAAAAUGGAGAAAUCGGAGGUUGGCUAUGGUGGAUGAAGUUAGGGGCAAAAUGCCGACAGUAUGGCCAGGGGGGUGUGGCGGUGUGGUGGCAGCUGAGCCUGGAUAGAGCCCUGGGGAGUCUGCUUCUGAGCAGGUAGCUGCAGUAGGCAUGGGCCAGGAGACUGGAGGUGGGGAGGCUGGGACCUGCAUGCCCUCAGUAUAAUAGGAUCUUGACUCCAUCCUGGACCGUGAGACACUGCUGGCUAGAGCCACUGUCACCAUACACGUGGGGGAGGGUGCUGUGGCAGGGAUUCUGGAGCGCUUCAUUCUUAGACCAGAUCUGAAUCUGUCCUAGGGCUGACCCUGACCUCUGAGUCCUGUCCAGAUCCAGGAUUCUGUCUAGGAGCUGGAACUGACAAGAGUUCUUUCCUGGUUCCAGCCCACCACACAGUUUGACCAAAACACCUUGCAAGCAAGGUCUCUGCCGGGAGUUGAUCCCAGUCAGGAGCCAGGACACAUUUCUAACUCAGAUCUGAAUUGAGACUCUAGAAUGGAAAUCUAUCAACCCAAGCCCUGGAUCUCAGCUGGGACUAAACAAGAAUUGGGUGAGAUGGAAUGAGAACAAUUAAGUGCUACUAACUUGAUUAAGGUGAGGCCAGCUGGCAUGAAUUAGACCCGUAGUGGCUUUGGAUGUUCUCUGUGCAAGUGCUUUCACAAGCUUCUUGCCAUGUCCUCCUUAGUGACAGGGCAGCGACCAAAAUCUGAGACCUCUCAGCCAGAUAAAAGAUUUAGUUAAUGAAUCUAACCCAUGAAUGAUUGGGGAGGGGGAUGGAGAAAUUCUGUGUGUGCAAUCAAUGUAGAAAUGCCUUGGUUUAUCAUUUAUUUUUUAAACAUGUUAGUAAACCGCACAAAGGAGAUAUCCCAGCUCUGUAAUCAUUGUGCUGUUCAGCUAAGCACCACGCUUGAUGUGCACAAGAACAUUUAGUGUCAGCUGCUAAAACAGGUUAAGUGGAAAAAUUCACUACUAGGAGGGCAAAGCCUCUUGAAAAUUAGCAGAUAAUCUAUCUUGGAAAAGUGAUUUUAUGAAAAUUGGCAAAAUGUUUAUUAAUCAACAUUUGUACAACAGGUGAGAGUUCACACUUGAACAUUCAGUGUCACAAAUGAAAUAUUUUCAGUGACUUCUCAUUACUUAGCAUUAAUUAUCUCACAUUGAAUAAGUGGAUAAACAUUCCGGUGGGUUUUACAUUAGGAAUUUGGGACUGAAGAAAAAUUCUAGAUUUUAAGCAUAAAAGUCAAACUACAAUGAUUAAUACCGGAAAAAUGCAGGCAUUAAUUGGUAGUAAAAAUUAAACAGAUUGGUUAAAUUCCAGUUUUCUUUAUACUAAUACAAACACACGUAUUUGGGUCACUUAUAAAA